UUCAGGUUUGUCGCGUCGCGUCGCUCAUAUACUGUAGACGGAGGAUGUGUUGGAUGUGAAACUCUUACUCCUCUUCCCCCGACUGUCACCGACAAACAACGUGGGACGGAGGAAUUUGUUAUACCACACCACAAAGGCUUUUGCACUGCUUUUUAUACACCGCCGCGUCACAAGUCAAUCUCGCGUUUCGCGGAGCUGGAAAAUAUGCGUAAACUAUUGACAGCGGUAAAAUAAACGUUGCACUAUCACCAGCGGUUGAGUACUCACAAAUGUCAUGCACUGUUCAAGAGCCUUUGCCUUUUGUGACAUUCAGCGGACUUUAUAACAACCAACAUGAAGCAGACAGGUACAGUUAAAACGCUUGGCCUGUCCUAAAGGACUGAUAAACUUGUUAAAAUAUUUGUAAACAUGGAAGAGGCAGGCGAUGGGAACGGUACUGGGACGCAGGGCUGUGAACCGGAGCGUUCUGGAGACGGAGGACUGGAUGAGGUGCAGAUGCACCUCGCCUGUUUACCGGAGAGAUACAUGAGAGCGAAGUUCUCCCUCUCCGCGUACAUAUUUUGUUGGACAGUAGUAAAGUUGUGUCAGAGAUUAAGACCGUCGCCAGUUCUUCCCCGGGCCCCAGCUUUAGAGGAUUCUGGAAGUGAGGCAGCCUGUCUGGAUGAUGGGGAGUCUCCGCGGGAGGAGCAUGGAGAGCAACGGGACCAUCAGGAAUGGUGUGAGCCAGUUUCUGAAGCAGCACAGGACACAAAAGAGGAAUAUUUUGACACACACUCACUGUACAGUGACACUUUCUCUGGCUUGAGUCAUGAAACUGAGGACUGCUGCAGGACACCGCUCAACUCUGUGGGUCAUCUGGACUCACACUCAUCUUCGGUUAGAAGGAGAGAUCCCUCUUCAUCGAAUCAGGCUGACAUUCUCAGUAGAACAGAGGAUAGAGAACAAUUGCAAAAGCAGACUGAAAAUAUGGGGAUCAUGUACAUGGCAGUUGAUGGCACUGGAAUGUCUGAAGCUAAGGGUGCUCCGGAAUGUGAGGAGGUUUUCAGCAAUUUUUCAGCGGGACCUGGAGUUGAUUCUUCUUCAAGGAAGGACCAAUCCUACAUCGUAACACCCCUACUGGCAUUAGAGAACGCUGUAGAACCACAAGCACUCGCAGAGCCAUGUGCUAAUGACUCAUUAUUGACCUUAACAGACUGUGAUGGAGCCAAGUCUCAGUUUGCUGACACUUUUGAGGGAAGAUCGAAAUGGGAUCAAAUUAACAAAAAUAUCACAGACACUCAGUCAGGACACAAUGAGCCACGCAUACAGUUCAUAACCUCAAGUGAGAAGAAAUUACAGCAAAAUGAUAUUCACAGUAGUAACACUGAAGUACAGUUGAUUUCGAAUGCAUCUAUUGCAAAUAUUAAAGAUAACAAAUGUUGUGAGCUGGAUGUUGAUGAAAAUAAGAUUAGUUUAUCUGUAUCACAGCAUCUUUCUGUAUAUGAGUCUGUAUCAGCUGAGAAUCCUAUUGAACAGGAAUUUGAGGAGUCAACAAAACACAGCCAAUCACAACCCUCAUUAGAGCACAGCAAAUCACAGCCCUCAAUAGAGCACGGCAAAUCACAGGCGUCAACAGAACAUAACCAAUCACAGGAACACAGUCAGUCACAGGAUUCAAACAUAGGCAAUCACAAGACUCAACAGAACAAAGCCAGUCACAGAGUUCAGAAGACAUGCCAUCCCAAAAUUUCAUCAAACACAGCCAAUCACAGACUCCAGUAA